AUGCCGCCGCCGUUUUGGGGCGCGAUCGAUGCGGCGCACACCUUCUGCGAGCCGAAGUAUGCAACUUCCACCGUCGUCGCCGAAUUCUUCAAUGCGCUCUCGUCGUUCGUCUACAUGGCAGCUGGGGCGGCCAUGCUCUGCCGUGGCUGCCACUGGAAGGUCGGUGCGGGCUACGCAAUGCUCAUCGUGGUUGGCGUGGGCUCGGUGCUCUUCCACGCCACCAUGCGCUUCACAAUGGAGCUCUGUGACGAGGUCCCGAUGCUGCUGCUAAUCAUCGCCUUUCUCCUCGGCAAGGAGGAUUGCCUCGAUUGCCUCUCGGGCCCAGCCGGGCGGCGGCGAUUCCGCGUGGGCUCGGCGGUGGCCGUCGCGCUCUCCACCGCCGCGUACAUCCACUUCAAAGUGUACCAGAUCUUUGUCAUCUCAUUCACGCUGAUGGUGCUCUUCCUGAUCGCGACGCACUUCUUCCCGUCGGCGCGCCGCCGCUGGACGCCCGCCCUCCAGACCUGCUUCGCGCGCGCCGUCGGCGGCAUCGGCGCCGGCAAGCUCGUGUGGGAGGCGGAGCAGCGCCUCUGCGCCGCGCACCCCGGCGUGUGGCCGCUGCACAUCGCGUGGCACGUCCUAUCGUGCAUCGGAGGCGUCUACGCAACCAAAUACAAUGAGGAGCUGCGCGCGAUCGUCGCCAUCGAGGGGACGAAGGAGGCUGGCCGUGAGCCGCGGCGAUCGCCACGACUGGUGGGGGCGCACACGAAGCGGCACUGA